CCGGGCGGGCAGCGCCGGGCAGCGCUCGGUGCCUGCAGUGCCGGGAGGAGGCUGCGGGCGCCGCUGUUGACCGAGAGGAGCGAGAGGGAGAGCGGAGCGCUGCCGGCAGCCCCGCCCGCUGCGGAUCGGCUCGCUCGGCUGCUCGCUCCGUGUCCGAGCGUGCGGGCCGCGAUCGUGCCCGCGGUGCCGGUGCAUUCUGCAGCCAGGGAGCGGCAGCAGCGCAGGGUGCAGAAGCUGAGAGCACUGAGCGGCAGCGGGAGUUGGAUCGGCGCUGUUGCGGUGCCGGCGGUGGCGCGGCGGAGAUGAGCGCGGCGGGGAGGCGCUGGGGCCGGCGGCAGCGAGCUCUGCUCUGGGCCGUGCUGCUGGCGGCGUGGGAGGCGGCGUGGGGGCAGCUGCGCUACUCGGUGCCCGAGGAGAUGCCCAAGGGCUCGUUCGUGGGCGACGUGGCCAAGGACCUGGGGCUGCAGCUGCCGGCGCUAAGCGAGCAAGGCUUCCGCGUUAUCUCGGAAGGUAGUACACAGUAUUUCUCUCUGCACGGGAAAACGGGACAUUUAGUGACGGCGGAGAGGAUCGACAGAGAGCAGCUGUGCGAGAAUGUGCAGCAAUGCGUGGUGCGCUGUGAGCUGAUAGUGGAGGGACAGAUGCAGGUGUAUGAAAUCGAAGUGGAAAUCACGGACAUCAACGACAACGCGCCGAGCUUCCGAGCAGCAGAAAAAGAACUGAGAAUAAGCGAGACGACAGCCGCGGGGUCGCGGUUUUCCCUACCAGAAGCACAUGAUCCUGACUCGGGCCGGAAUUCCCUGCAGAGCUACGAGCUGAGCGGUGACGAGCACUUCUCGCUGGCCGUGCAGGCGGGCCCCGGCGGCGAUCAGCGUCCCGAGCUGGUGCUGGCCAAGGCGCUGGACCGGGAGGAGGCGGCGUUUCACGAGCUGGUGCUGAGGGCGAGCGACGGCGGCGAUCCGGCCCGGACGGGCACGGCUCGGAUCCGCGUGACGGUGCUGGACGCAAACGACAACGCGCCCGUGUUCAGCCAGGCGGAGUACACGGUGCGUGUGCCCGAGGACGUGCCCGUGGGCUCUGUCCUCGUCACCCUCACGGCAUCGGAUGCAGACGAGGGGCUGAAUGGGCAGGUGAAAUACUCGAUUGAGAAAAUUACAGAGAGAGCCUCGCACAUUCUGCAAAUGGACGGCGAGACAGGAGCAAUCACCCUGUUACGGAGCCUGGACUUCGAGGAAGGUGACUCCUAUGAACUAGAGGUGCAGGCACAUGACGGGGGAGGCCUUUUUGACUCGACAAAAGUCGUGAUCAUUGUGACAGACGUCAACGACAAUGUGCCAGAGAUUUCUGUGCGGUCGGCACUGAGUGAGAUCUCGGAAGACGCCCCAGCGGGAACUGUGGUGGCUCUGCUGCACGUGAGGGACAAGGACUCCGGGGCCAAUGGCGAGGUGCGCUGCUCGCUCGAUGGGGACUUCCCGUUCCGUCUGCAGAGCUCACACGGCAGCUACUACAGCGUGGUGACAGCGAGAGAGCUGGACCGCGAGCAGGUGUCGGAGUACAACGUGACGGUGCGGGCGGCCGACGGCGGGUCGCCGGCGCUGCAGAGCAGCGCGGUGCUGGCGCUGCGGGUGCUGGACGUGAACGACAACGCGCCCGUGUUCGAGCAGGAGCGCUACAGCGCUCGUCUGGCGGAGAACAACGCGGCGGGCGCGCUGGUGCUGACGGUGCGCGCCACGGACGCGGACUGGGGGCAGAACGCGCGCGUGCGGUACCGGCUGCGGGAGGGGCGGGUGCGGGGCGCGCCGCUGUCGUCGUACGUGUCGGUGCAGGCGGAGACGGGCGCGCUGUACGCGCUGCGCUCCUUGGACUACGAGCAGGUGCGCGAGCUGCAGCUGUGGGUGCGUGCGGAGGACGGCGGCGCGCCGGCGCUGAGCAGCAACGUGUCGGUGCGGCUGCUGAUCGUGGACGAGAACGACAACGCGCCGCAGGUGCUGUACCCGGCUUCGGCGGCGGCGGCGGCGGCGGCGGGCUCGGGCGCUGCGUGGUCGGGCGUGGAGCUGGCGCCGCGCUGGGCGGAGGCCGGCGCGCUGGUGGCCAAGGUGGUGGCGGUGGACGCGGACGCGGGGCAGAACGCGUGGCUGUCGUACGAGCUGGCCAAGGCGACGGAGCCGGGGUUGUUCCGCGUGGGGCUGCACAGCGGCGAGGUGCGCACGGCGCGCUCGCCGCUGGCCCGCGACGCGGCGCGCCACAGCCUGGUGGUGGUGGUGAAGGACCACGGGCGGCCGGCGCUGUCGGCCACGGCCACGCUGAGCGUGGUGCUGGCCGAGAGCGUGGCCGAGCUGCUGGCCGAGCUGGGCAGCGCGGCCGAGGCGGCGGCGCCGGGCGAGGCGGCCGGCAGCCUGACGCGCUGGCUGGUGCUGGCCGUGGCCGCCGUGUCGUGCCUCUUCGUCGCCUUCCUGCUGCUGCUGCUGGCGCUGCGCCUGCGCCGCUGGCGCCGCCGGCAGCUGCUGCCGCCCGCCAGCGGCGCCUUGCGCGGCGUGCCCGUGUCGCACUUCGUGGGCAUCGACGGCGUGCGCGCCUUCCUGCAGUCCUACUCGCACGACGUGUCGCUCACGGCCGACUCGCGCAAGAGCCAGCUGCGCUUGUCGGGCGCCAGCUGCUGCGACACCCUCCCGGCCCGGCCGCUGCCCGACGAGCCCGCGCCGCUGCUCGGGGAGGAGGAUGUGGCCGCCGCCCUCCCCGCCGAUCCCUCCGCUCCCUCGUGCUUGUUGUCAUGA